CCACCCGCCCUCCCUCCCUCCUUACCCUCCCCGAACUCAGAAAGGUACGACACUUGGUGCCGUUUUGUGUGUCCAGAGCGAUUUAUUUCUUACUCCCUCCCCCCACCACCCCCCCCAUAAACGGUUCCCGUGCGGUUAAAUCAUUUAUAGCGUCGCCUACUUUUUAAAUCGCUCACAGCGAGAGCUUCCCACCGGCUAAGAACUGUAUUGUACAGGACAUCUCCCUGAAGGCUGACCUUCCCAACCCACCCCAACCCACCCCAACCCAUCCCAUCCCAACCAACAUGACAAUGAGAUUGGUAAACCGUCUCCUUCAAAGCCGUUCACCUCCUGGCGUUGGACGUGACGAACUUUAUUGGGGUAAAAUCAGCGUCGCUCUUCGGUGUCCGCCCAGAAAGUUUUCCUCCUCGGCAUCGAGCGAGACCGAAAAAGUCGACCAGGCAGAGGCUUCGGGCACUGCACCCGACUCAGAGGAAAACUCCAGUCGAAAAAGUUCGUUGCAAACCACAUGCUCCCACAAACCAGUGAUGGUGAAAGAAGUUCUUAAUUGUUUGUCACCGAAACCCGGACAGACCUUUCUGGAUAUGACUUUUGGAGCAGGAGGCCACACAAAAAUGAUCCUUUCGCACGCCUCGGGCAUCACCGUAUUUGCCUUAGACAGAGACCCAAUAGCAUAUGGGAUUGCUCAACAGCUUUCCCAUGCGUGCCAAGGCCAUAUUCAACCCCUACUAGGAAGGUUUAGCCAACUGGAGCCCUUGCUAAUGGAAGCUGGAGUCAUGCCAGAUACUCUGGAUGGAGUUGUCAUAGAUGCAGGCUGUUCUUCUAUGCAGUUAGACAUGCCGUGGCGUGGUUUUGCAUUAAGCAAAGACGGCCCACUAGACAUGAGAAUGGAUAAGGACAGGUACCCCGACAUGCCCACCGCAGCUGACGUAGUGAAUGCCUUAGAUCAACAGUCACUUGCGUCCAUCUUAAAAGCAUACGGAGAGGAAAGGCAUGCAAAGAAAAUAGCUGCAGCAGUCACCCAGGCACGCAGCAUCUAUCCCAUCAUUCGCACUCAGCAGCUCGCCAGUAUAGUUGCAGGAGCUUUUCCAGCAGCUGCAAUGUAUGCACGCAAAGACUUACUUCAAAGACCUGCACAUGUUGCAACCAAAACUUUUCAAGCCUUGCGAAUCUUUGUGAACGAUGAACUGAAUGAACUUUAUAAAGGACUCAAAGCAGCUUAUAAGUUCUUGAAACCCCAAGGCUGCUUGGUUGCAAUAACGUUUCACUCACUUGAAGAUCGCAUUGUGAAGCGUUUUCUCCACGGAAUUGACGUAUCCGAAAAGCCUAACCUCAGUUCAAGGCAAAAAAUUAGACAAGGACAGCGGAGACAGCAGGAAGAACCAGAAAUUAGCAUCCAUGAACAUUGUGGUGUGAACUGGUCAAACAUUCAGAAGAAAGUGCUGACUCCUGAUCUUCAAGAAAUUCAGGAAAAUCCACGAGGACGUUCUGCAAAACUCAGAGCUGCCAUUAAAUUGUAGAAAAAAUAAAGUAAGAUGUAAAAUUAACAAUUAUUACAACUUGAGCCUUGUUGAUGUGCUUUGCCCUGGAAACAAAAUUCCUGGGUUGUCAUCUCACUGAUUUUUUUAUAUACAUUUUUGUAACCUUAAAUUGAAACCACUCAUGAAUAGAAAUGUCGCUCCAUGAUUACUAGACUGAAAAUAUUAGAUUCGUGAGUUGAUUUUUCUCUUCUGUCUCCAUUCAGUCGCUCCAAUUUGCUUGCUCCCUGCCCUCAUUCAAAGUCCAGAAUUGCCCCAAAUUCAGCACUUAUUUAUAACAAUUUAUCAACGAUUUCCUGAUAGUCACAAAUCGAAAUAUUACUGUGCUGAAAUUAAGUUGAAGAUUAGGUCAUGAAAAAAACGUUGCACGUUGUAACUGACUCGUGCUACUUUUCCUUGGAAAUAAUUGAUAAAGUUACUGCUUUGGAAAGUAAAGGGAGUAGUUUUUCCCCAUUGUAAUUCCCCAAAGUUUCUUAAACUUGUUAAAAUUAGUUUGUUCUUUGUGAAAUGGAUUUGUUGACAUUUGCAAUGUGGAUGGAGCAGAGCAAAAGCACAGUAUGCUAAUCUGUGAGUCACCGUUCUGUGCUCAGUGUCUGCAAACUAAUGAUCAAUAAGAUUUGUAUCCCUCACUAAAAGAAAAUUAAAACAACCUAUUAUUUUUAAUUAAGGUAUUACUUUCCAGCCGAGGAAAGAAUUUGAUAAACAUGUUAGCAGAUAUAAAGAAAUGACCACCUGGAUUUCCAUUGAUCUGAAUGUAAAAGAGCUCUCGAAGGAGAACUGAUGUCUUUCAUUAGUGAAACAAUUAAAGUUUACAACAUUUACUAUAUAUUAAUUUCUGUGCUUGCCAUAACAGGUUAACAUUUAUGACUCAACAUCUAAAAUAAACAGGAGAAAGGAAGUAUCACUUUGGUUGCAUACAGGCAUUUGUGGUUUAUUGAUGCAAGUAUAAUAAAUGGUGAUUUGGUAAAAAGCUAAUAAAAUGCCAGUAUUUAUUUUCAGAGUGGUGAAUCGAGGCUGAAGUUUACAGUUCAGUAAAUGUCACUGUCUAAGUGCCGCGAUUUUACAAUAUUGUGAAUAUUGCAAUAAAUAUACCCCUCUGGAAGUCA